AAAAAACACAAGUCAAGAAAUGGCUGUAUCACUUGCAAAAAAAAGAGAUUAAAAUGUGAUGAAUCAAAACCUCAUUGCUUAAAUUGCCAAAAGAAAAACUUGGUCUGUGGCGGCUACUCCAAAAAUUUUAAAUGGAAACCCUUCCAUGAAUCAAUAUCAACCAUAAACAAUUACUCAAACAACUCAAAAAUAAAUAAAAACAACAACAUCCUUAACAGAAAAUCCGCAAUAGACCCUUUAAUCCUCAAAAAUGCAUUAGAAGCUGCCACCAUCUCUCUAACCGGAAAAACUUAUAAAGAAAUUGAACAAAUUAAUAACAACUUAAACUCUGAUCUAUCAAGAAAUUCUUCAAAUGUCAACUCUCACGAUACUUCCAAAAACUUAUCAUCUAAAAUUACAAUUAAUAAUAACAACAACAAUAACAACAACAAUAAUACAAUUAAAAUAAAAAAUAAAAAAAUUGACGAUUUAAACAACAUCAGAGACAUCAAAAUUGUUCCAAUAGAUGAUAUAAUCAACAAUAAUCCUUCAAAUAACAAUAUCAAUAACAAUAAUAAUAUCAAUAACAUCAAUUCAAAUAACAACAACAGUAUAUCCUUUCCAAGCUCAAUCUUACACGCUAAUGACUUCACCUCCUCUCCAUUUCCCAUCUUCAACCACCAAAAUAACGAUAUAUCCAUAGACCAAAUAAUGCAACUACAAAGAUCAAACUCUGACGACUCAAAUAUAUCAAACAGCCCAAAUUCAACCGAAAGCCAAUUCAAUAACCUAACCCCAUUUUACCAGUCAACCACCAAUAAUAUCUCCAACAAUAAUCCCAAUGCUAACCCUAACCUUAACACUAACACCAACAUCUUCGUCAACAAAAACAACAACUUUCUUAACCAAAACAACUUCUUCAACCAAAAUACAAUGCCUAAUGUUAACGCCUUUCCCUUUUUCUCAAUUCCUGACGACAACCUCCAGAUUUUUCAGUCCUUAGACAGAUACACCUGUGGUAUAAUGUCAAUGAAAAAUGGUCCUAAUGAAAAUCCCUGGAGAGAGAUAAUGUUUCCCCUAGCUAGAAACUAUCCCGUCGUCUUCAAUGCUUUAGCUUCUUUGACCUUAUUCCAUAUUGCAAGAGGAAACCCUCAACUAAGAAACAAAGGCAUAGCUUAUAUGAAACAAUCCAUAAUGGAUCUCGCUAACGGUUUAAGUGAAAACUCAAUACCACCAGAUGUCGCUCUAGCUACCUGUAUAACUUUGGCUAAUAGCGAAUCCUGGGAUAGACACAUAAGUACUGGUAUAACCCAUUUAAAAGGCGCUAAAACUAUGAUCAUUCAAGUCUUGAGAAUUUUCCAAAAAAAUAAUUAUAAAAUCGAAAAUACUCAACACAUAUACGACGACGAUGAUGACGAUGACGAUAACGAUAACAACGCUAUUAAUAACAAUAACAAUGACGAUGAUGAUAACGACAAACAAAAACAAAUUCAAAAAAGAAUUCCUCCAGGCUUACAAUUCCUAUUCAACGGUUGGGUCUAUUUUGAUGUUUUGGCUAGAAUGACCUCUUCUAGUUGUGAUGGCGAUGAUUUAUCAUUCACCAUGCAUGACACUGAUAACGAUAACGCUCUCAUUGAAGAAAUAACUGUUAUUGACCAAGAUUCCUCAAAUGAUACAAUACAUAGGAAAAAAAGAAAUUCCGGCUCUAGUGCCAGAGAUUAUUUCAAAACAAUAUCUUUAAAAGGUGGCGACGAUAUUGAUCCAUUAUUAGGCUGUGCUCAAACAUUAUUCCCUAUUAUUGGAAGAGUCGCAACAUUAAUAUCUCAGGUUAGAAAACAAAAGCAAAAUACUCUACAAAUAGUUUCAACAGCUUCUAAUCUCAAAAAGAGUCUCGAAUUAUGGACUCCUGUUCCUUCUAUUUCAAUGACUCAAGUUAAAGAUCCCAAUUGGGACAUUGCUUCUUGUAUCGCUACAGCAGAAGCUUAUAGGUACUCAGCUUUGCUAUAUCUACAUCAAGCUGUUCCAGAAAUACCAUCGUUAUCAUCGCAUGAAUUGGCUGAAAAGGUUUUGAUGUUAUUAGCAUCCAUACCAACAUCUUCAAGGACUUGUACCACUCAUAUUUUCCCAUUAUUAGUUUCCUCGUGCGAGGGUUUACCUGGUCAAGAAAGAGAAUGGGUAAAAUCAAGAUGGGAAUUACUUUCCAAUAGAAUGUGGAUCGGUAACGUUGAUAGAUCAUUAGAAGUUGUCAAAGAAGUUUGGUUAAGAAAAGAUAUAAUGAAAAAAAGAAAACAAGAGGAACAAAUGUUGAAAGAAAGAGAACUUCAGCUCAAUAAUCAAAAAAAUACAGAAAAUAAUUUUGAUGGACAUGAUAUUUUAGCUAACAAAAUUGCAUCAAUUGCUGCUGCUGCUCAGGGAAUAGUUAGAAAUCAAAUCUCAACCGAUAACGAUAAUAAUAUUAAAAGCUGGACUCAUUGGAGCACAGUAAUGAGAGAAUGGGGUUGGGAAGUUUUGUUA